AACACAGGCCUACUCUUACGACAUGUGACUUUACUGUUUUCCGUUUUUGUUGAAAGAGUCAUUAACAGAAGUUGACGGCAGUUUCAAUAACAAGUCAUCACUGAGAAAAGGAUAACACGGUAAUAUGCAGAAAUCUACAAAUGCAGAUACCUCUGCGGAAACACCGAGUUCCACCCGCCAAGGCACCGGAGCUGUGCAGAUGAGAAUCAAAAAUGCCAACAGCCACAGUGACAGGCUGAGCCAAACCAAAUCCAUGAUCCUCACUGAUGUUGGGAAGGUCACUGAACCUAUAUCCCGACACAGAAGAAAUCAUUCACAACAUGUCUUGAAAGAUGUCAUUCCUCCAUUGGAACAAUUGAUGGUUGAAAAAGAAGGUUAUCUUCAAAAAGCUAAAAUUGCAGAUGGAGGAAAGAAACUAAGGAAAAACUGGUCUACUUCCUGGAUUGUUCUUUCGAAUAGAAAAAUUGAAUUUUACAAAGAAUCCAAGCAACAGGCUCUGCCUAAUAUGAAAACUGGGCACAAACCAGAAACUGUGGAUUUGUGUGGAGCACAUAUUGAAUGGACAAAGGAAAAAUCAAGCAGAAAGAAUGUCUUUCAAAUCACAACAGUAUCAGGAAAUGAGUUCCUUCUACAGUCAGAUAUUGACUUCAUCAUAUUGGAUUGGUUCCACGCUAUCAAAAAUGCAAUUGACAGAUUGCCAAAGAAUCCAAGUAGUCUACCCAGAAACCUGGAAUUAUUCAAAAUCCAGAGAUCCUCCAGUACUGAGUUACUAAGUCACUAUGACAGUGAUAUAAAAGAACAGAAACCAGAGCAUAGAAAAUCUUUAAGUAAGUAUUUUUUUUGACUUGCUCAUUUUAACUCUGUCCAAAUGCAGUGCUUAUGACAUAUAAAUGCAUUGAAAUGAGAUUUGAGCCAAACUCAUAGUACUCAUGGAAGAUCCAUAGCCAUUUUUUGGCCAAGGAUUCAUGCACUGGAGAGUAAUCUGGAUGCUUUGCUUGCUUCAUUGUCGGUAAUGCAUUUUGAGAAAAUAAUUGUCCCAAGGUUACGGUCUCCUCUUACUCCAAACUUCUGAGUCUCUGAGUAAUAACCAUGGUGUUCAGAUUAGUGACUGAUUUUGAUAGUGGGGAAUGUCAAGCGUCUC